AUGGUGUCCCAGAAGAGGGAUGCAGAGGGGACCAUCAACGCCUUGAAGAAUUUCCUGGCGGGAGGUUUCGGGGGCAUGUGUGUGGUGUUCGUGGGCCACCCGCUGGACACAGUGAAGGUAAGACUACAGACCCAGCCAAAAAGCCGGCUAGGACAACCUACCCUCUACUCCGGGACCUUUGACUGUUUCAGAAAGACCUUUCUUAGGGAGGGUAUUGGAGGCCUUUACCGAGGAAUGGGCGCACCCCUCGUUGGUGUCACGCCCAUAUUCGCUGUUUGCUUCUUUGGCUUUGGAUUGGGGAAACAACUGCAACAGAAGAACCCGGAUGAUGUCUUGACUUACCCCCAGCUGUUUGCAGCUGGGAUGUUAUCUGGCGUGUUCACGACGGCCAUCAUGACCCCUAUAGAAAGAAUCAAGUGCCUAUUACAGAUUCAAGCUUCUACGGGAAAAACAAAAUAUACUGGUUCUUGGGACUGUGUCAAAACUGUCUAUAAGGAAGCCGGACUAAGAGGCAUUUUCAAAGGAACUGUGCUCACGCUCAUGCGAGAUGUUCCUGCCAGUGGGGUGUACUUCAUGACUUAUGAAUGGCUGAAAAAUGUCUUCACCGUAGAAGGCAAAAUUAGUGCCUUUGGAAUUGUAGUGGCUGGAGGCAUGGCAGGAAUCUUCAACUGGAUUGUGGCUAUCCCUCCUGAUGUGCUCAAGUCGCGUUUCCAAACUGCCCCACCUGGAAAAUACCCUAAUGGGUUCCGAGAUGUGCUGAAAGAGGUGGUCCAAGAAGGGGGUGUCUCAUCCUUGUAUAAAGGUUUUACAGCUGUAAUGAUCCGUGCAUUCCCAGCAAAUGCUGCCUGUUUCCUUGGUUUUGAGGUUGCCUUGGCAUUCCUUAAUUGGAUCACAUCUAAGUUCUGA